AUGGAUGUUGAUGUCACUUUUCCGGAGUCAUUGAAAACAGAAAUAGAGGAAAUCGCUCUAAAAUCGGGUAUUGAUGUACGGGAUUAUGCCGCCCAAGUGGAGUCGGAGUUGUCGAAGAUAGAGGAAUCGCUCGUAAAAACAUAUAUAACAGUCAGUCCUGAAGUGGCUAGUUUGCAUAAUCAGAUUUCCGCUUGUGAUUCUAUCCUGGAGAGAAUUGAGGGUAUAUUAACGAGUUUUCAUGAAGAUCUGGGUGCAAUCAGUACAGAAAUUCAAGAUUUACAGAGCAAAUCAUUGGUAAUGAAUACUAGGCUGCAAAACAGACAGGCUGUUCGUAGUAAUUUGAGUCAGUUUCUUUCUGACAUGGCCAUACCUGAAGAGCUUAUUCGGUACUUAUAUCAAUAG